AUGACGGUUGGCAGAUACAGAACCUGCUGGCGUGGAGGUGAAAGCCUUCUGAUCGGGACGGAGAAACAUGCGGUCGAAGCUGAAGGGUCGAGUCCCUGGCCUUCUGGCCUGGAUUUUGUGGUGCCUGCCCUGGACAGUUGUUGGGGAGAGAACACUGGCUCCUCCUUCCCACCUGGGGAGCGUCAGACUGUGCGGGACGGUGCCGGACCAUCGUAUUCCUCUUAUUCUGAGGAACCUCAGACUGUGUGGGACGGUGCUGUCCUAGCACAGAAGAGGUUUCCAUGUCCUGAGUGUGGGAAAUGUUUUUCUGUGAAGUCCAGUCUUUCCACACAUCAGAGAUUGCACACGGGGGAAAAGCCGUAUUCCUGUUCUGAGUGCGGGAAAUGUUUUUCACAGAAGGCCCAUCUUUCCUCGCAUCAGAGAUCACACACAGGAGAGAAGCUGUAUUCCUGUCCUGAGUGCGGGAAAUGUUUUUCAAGAAAGUACAUUCUUUUUAUACAUCAGAGAUUGCACACAGGUGAGAAGCCAUAUUACUGCCCUGAGUGCGGGAAAUGUUAUUCAGAUAAGUCCAGUCUUUACAAACAUCACAGAUUACACACGGGAGAGAAGCCAUUUUCCUGUUCUGAGUGCGGAAAAUGUUUUUCAGAGAAAUCCAAGCUUUCCGCACAUCAGAGAUCUCACACGGGGGAGAAGCCUUUUUCCUGUUCUGAGUGCGGGAAAUGUUUUUCAGAGAAAUCCAAGCUUUCCGCACAUCAGAGAUCACACACGGGGGAGAAGCCGUAUUCCUGUCCUGAGUGCGGGAAAUGUUUUUCACAGAAGUCCAGUCUUUCCAAACAUCAGAGAUCUCACACGGGGGAGAAGCCUUUUUCCUGUUCUGAGUGCGGGAAAUGUUUUUCACAGAAGUCCAGUCUUUCCAUACAUCAGAGAUCUCACACGGGGGAGAAGCCGUUUCCAUGUCCUGAGUGUGGGAAAUGUUUUUCUAUGAAGUCCAGUCUUUCCACCCAUCAGAGAUUGCACACGGGAGAGAAGCCAUUUUCCUGUUCUGAGUGCGGGAAAUGUUUUUCACAGAAGGCCCAUCUUUCCUCGCAUCAGAGAUCACACACAGGGGAGAAGCUGUAUUCCUGUCCUGAGUGCGGGAAAUGUUUUUCAAGGAAGUACAUUCUUUUUAUACAUCAGAGAUUGCACACAGGUGAGAAGCCAUAUUACUGCCCUGAGUGCGGGAAAUGUUAUUCAGAUAAGUCCAGUCUUUACAGACAUCACAGAUUACACACGGGAGAGAAGCCAUUUUCCUGUUCUGAGUGCGGGAAAUGUUUUUCAGAGAAAUCCAAGCUUUCCGCACAUCAGAGAUUGCACACGGGGGAGAAGCCUUUUUCCUGUUCUGAGUGCGGGAAAUGUUUUUCAGAGAAAUCCAAGCUUUCCACACAUCAGAGAUCACACAUGGGGGAGAUGCCUUUUUCCUGUUCUGAGUGCGGAAAAUGUUUUUCAAAGAAGUCCAGUCUUUCCAUGCAUCAGAGAUCUCACACGGGGGAGAAGCCUUUUUCCUGUUCUGAGUGCGGGAAAUGUUUUUUACAGAAAUCCAGUCUUUCCGUACAUCAGAGAUCUCACACGGGGGAGAAGCCAUAUUCCUGUCCUGAGUGCGGGAAAUGUUUUUCAGAGAAGUCCCAUCUUUACACACAUCAGAGAUCUCACACAGGGGAGAAGCCUUUUUCCUGUUCUGAGUGCGGGAAAUGUUUUUCAGUGAAGUCCAAUCUUUCCACACAUCAGAGAUCACACACGGGGGAGAAGCCUUUUUCCUGUUCUGUGUGCGGAAAAUGUUUUUCAGAUAAGUCCAGUCUUUACACACAUCAGAGAUCUCACUCGGGGGAGAAGCCUUUUUCCUGUUCUGCGUGCGGGAAAUGUUUUUCAGUGAAGUCCCAUCUUUCCAUACAUAAGAGAUCUCACACGGGGGAGAAGCCUUUUUCCUGUUCUGUGUGCGGAAAAUGUUUUUCAGUGAAGUCCAGUCUUUCCACACAUCAGAGAUCUCACACGGGGGAGAAGCCUUUUUCCUGUUCUGUGUGCGGAAAAUGUUUUUCACAGAAGUCCAGUCUUUCCAAACAUCAGAGAUCUCACACCGGGGAGAAGCCUUUUUCCUGUUCUGAUGAGUGCGGGAAAUGUUUUUCAGAUAAGUCCAAUCUUUCCACACAUCAAAGAUCUCACACGGAGGAGAAGCCUUUUUCCUGUUCUGUGUGUGGGAAAUGUUUUUCAGCAAAGUCCAAUCUUUCCACACAUCAGAGAUCUCACACGGGGGAGAAGCCUUUUUCCUGUUCUGUGUGUGGGAAAUGUUUUUCAGAUAAGUCCAAUCUUUCCACACAUCAGAGAUUGCACACGGGGGAGAAGCCGUAUUCCUGUUCUGAGUGCGGAAAAUGUUUUUCAUAUAAGUCCAGUCUUUCCACACAUCAGAGAUCUCACACGGGGGAGAAGCCUUUU